GUGAAAUACAAUUAUUCAGUUGUGUCAAUAUGGUAUCAAAGCGUAGGUUCCAAAAACCCUAAAAUCUCGUUGGCUUCAUCGCCGCCCCCUUCCCAUCAAUUUUUUCUUCUUCCUCUUGAUUCUUCAUCAUGGCAAAAGGUACCCAUGAUCCGUUUGAUACCUUACCUGGGGGCCUAAAACUCUUUCUUCGCAAUCUUCAUGCCUUGAUUCCUACCAAAUUGGAGGAUCACAAUUAUCAUGCCUGGUCGUCCACAGUCCGGGCCACGCUUGUUGCUCAUCGAUUGUUGGAAUUUGUUGAUGGUACUGCGCAGCCACCGCCUCCCACAAUUGUCGACGAAAAGGCUCCAGCGGCUGCCGAUGGAGUUCCGGUUCUCAAACCGAAUCCGGCUUAUGAGCAGUGGACUAUUCUUGACGCUCAACUCCGUGCUGCUCUUCUUGCCACACUAUCUCCCUCAGUUCAGAAUCUUGUUCAUCUAUGCCCUACUGCUGCUGCCAUCUGGGAUCACUUUCAUCAACGGUAUAAUUCUCUUUCUCGCACGCAUAUCUUCCAACUCAAAGAGCAACUUCACAAUUUACGUAAGGGAGAAUUGUCUAUGCAAGCAUAUCUUGACGAGGCUCUCAAAAUUGUCACUGCACUUUCUCUUGCACGAGAGCCUGUCCCCGAACAAGAUCUUAUUCUCAAUGUCCUAUGUGGUCUUCCCUCGGAAUAUGCAUCCCUCAAACAAAAUGUUCGAACAAACAUUACUGAUCUCACGUUCAACAAGGUCUCGUCAUGGCUUCUUUCUGAAGAGCUCAAUGUUCAACUAGAACACAAACUACAGAUUGGUACCCCCUCCACGUCCAACACAGAUGUUCUACAGCUCUCUAUACUCAUAAUCGUGGAGGAGGAUCACGUGGGCGUGGGCGAGGACGACUGCCCAGUUUCCGGGGAGGACGCAUCAGUGGUAAUGGGGGCCGAACCUCUUCUGACUGUAACAUUGGCCGAGGUCGCAGCAGUGGUCAGCGGAAUCCUUUACUUAUUUGUCAAAUUUGUGGCAGGUCUAAUCAUGGAGCGUGGCAGUGUUGGGAUCGUUAUAAUGAAGAUGUCAAUGGCCCUUCUCAACGAACGAAUAAUCAACCCCUCUACACUGUAUCCCCUACAGACUCUAAUCAGUAUUGGCACUUAGACUCAGGUGCAAGUACUCAUGUUACGUCUGAUUUAUCAAGACUCCAAAAUCCUAUUCCUUAUCACGGUCAAAAUUCUGUUCUCACUGCUGGGGGACAAUCUCUUCCGAUUUCACAUGUUGGCUCAGGUCAGGUGUCCACUCCCACAGGUACUUUUACCAUAUCAAACCUCCUUCAUGUUCCCCAUUUAAAAACCCACCUCUUAUCUGUCCAUAAAUUUACCAAAGAAAAUAACUGCUCUCUUAUUUU